UUGUCACGUGCGCACGUAUUUAACUGUUUAUUUUUCAAGUGAUUGUUGAGAGUUGUUGAGUGAGUGAAUAGUUUGUAGUUUAAAAUGUCAAAUAAACGGAAACACAAGACACUACAUUUAAAAGAUAAAUUGGACAUUAUAAAAAAGUUAGACAGUGGAGAAAACAUUUGCAAAUUGGCUAAAGAAUAUGGUAUUGGACGUACUACUGUACACGACCUUAAGAAAAAGAGGCAAAAGAUACUUGACCACGUGAAAACGAUGGGAGUUGAAGCAGGAAAGCGAAAAAUAUUACGAGCUGGUGCUUGUCCAAAGAUGGAAAAAGCUCUCUACACGUGGUUCAAGCAACAUCAUUCUAAACACACUCCUAUAACUGGAGAAAACCUAAAAGAAAAAGCAAUCGAAUUUUACAGAAAAAUCACGAAUAAAUAUGAUUUUCGUGCCAGCGAUGGAUGGCUGGAUAAUUUUAAAAAGCGAUUCGGUAUCCGUUUGUUAAACGUAUCGGAUGACAAAUUUUCAAGUGACGAGCCUGCAGAGCAGCCAUUUUUUCAGAAUUUGAUUGAAAAAAUAGAGGAUCUGGGUCUCGUUCCUGACCAAAUCUAUACUGCAAGUGGGAGUGAUUUGUUCUGGAAACUGUUACCUAAUAAAAUAUUUGUAUCCUCUAAAGAACGGGGCAGACCAGCUCUUAAAGAGAGUAAAGAUAUAAUCAAAUUUAUGCCAUGUUCUAAUGCAUCUGGAACGCACAAAUUGGAUUUGUUAGUGAUUGGUAAAGAUAAAAAUCCCAGCACUUUCAAGAACAUUUGUAUGCCAGUUUGCUACAAGAAACAAUUUAAAAAUUUAAUCACAAGUAAGGUAUUUAGCGCAUGGUUUCAUAACGACUUUGUCCCAGAAGUGUAUAAAUUUAUGACGAAAUCCAACUUGCCCGUAAGAGCUUUACUUGUACUUGAAAACACAAUAGGCUACCCAUAUGAACAAGAAAUUAAAUCAAGUGAUGGGAACAUUGAAACUAUCUUCCUACCCCCAAACAGCACACCUUUAAUUCAGCCGAUAAAUCAAAAUGUGAUCCAAAGAAUACAUUGCUCAUACAAAAACAAAUUGCUGAUCCAUAUUAUAUCACAGGAUGGUGACAUAGCACAGAUCAUUGAAGAAUUUAAUUUGAAGGAUGCUGUAUUCUCUCUCGCUCAGGCUUGGGAGUCUAUUUCACCAGACUUAAUACAAUCUUCAUUGAGAGAGUUAUGGCCCACUAUGAAUGCUGUUUCAGUAAUGGAACAUUUCGAGCCUGAAGACAAUAUUCCUACUGCAUAUUGGUUGGAAAAUCUAUCAAAAAGAGGAUUGGAGACGAGUAAAGAAAAAUUAAAUUCUUGGUUUGAAGGAAUCGUAACACCGGAAGAAAUAUGUGAAGCAGUAAUGGAAGAAGAUAUGGAGCCUUCUACAAAAAUUAAAACAGAAACAGUAUUUAAUUGUUUCAAUACUUGCAUCACUUGGGCAGAAGAAAAUGGCAUAUCUGCCAAAGAUAUUAUACUUCUUCGCAACAUGCGAGAAAAGGCUUUUAUACAAGGACUACAAGGUGGACCAAGGCAGACCUCUAUUAAGGAUUAUUUUAAAACUAUAUAAUUACAUGUUAAUUUGGAGUUAUUUUACAGUUAUGUUAAAAUAAGUGAUAUUUGGAAUAAGAAUAAAUAAAUAAAUACAUUAUUUUCU